AUGAACGUUUGCAGUUCGCGAUACUGUCAGUAUAAUUUGGCUGGCACCUAAAUGGUUCCAAUCCCAAAAUAUAGGGUCUACUGUCCAUUUUGUAAACAUGCCUAUUAUUGUUCUCAAAGAUGUCGAGACAUCGAUUGGACUUCUGGACAUAAAAACCAAUGCUUACCCUAAAACAUGUUAAAUUCAUAGGAAAUAGCCUAUAGUGAUAAGGUGUCAACCUUGAGACAAAUGAAAAGAAGUCCGGAAGAGUUCGAACUCAUAUAUGAUUAUCCACAACUUGGCAAAGGUAGUUUUGGAGCUGUACGGUUGGUGAAGGAUAGAACCAAUGGAUAAUUACACGCAAUGAAGAUAAUGAACAAGAAAGAGAUUUUUGAGUACUGUUCAAUAGAAAAUCUUAAGCGAGAAAUUCGAAUACAGAGGAAGUUGAAUCAUCCAAAUAUUACAUAACUAUUCCAUUAUUUCGAAGACAAAGACAAAGUCUACCUUAUCUUGGAGUAUGCAGAACAUGGAUCCCUAUUCCAAUUAUUAAAGAGAAGAGGAAAAUUGAAUGAAAUCGAGGCUCUUAAAUUCUUUAAGUAAACUUGUUUAGGAAUUGACUAUUUGCAUCAACAAAAUAUAAUUCAUAGAGACCUCAAACCUGAAAAUAUAUUAUUGGAUAUUACUGACAAUGUCAAAAUUUGCGAUUUCGGAUGGUCAGCUGAAAAUUUGGGUUCGAAAAAAAGAAGCACCUUCUGUGGAACAAUAGAUUACAUGGCCCCUGAGAUGAUUGAAGAUAGACUUCACGAUCACACUCUGGACAUCUGGUGUUUAGGAAUUCUACUAUACGAAUUACUCCAUGGGGAUGCACCAUUCAAAGGGAAAAACGAUAUUGAAAAGUGCAACAAUAUUGUUAAAAUCAAUUACUAAAUACUGGAUAAUAGUUUGAGUUCUGAUGUUAAAGAUCUCAUAACCAGUCUUAUUAAAUAUCAUUAAAAAGAUAGAUUAACUAUGAAAUAGAUUUUGAAUCACAGAUGGCUCAACAGAAAUGAAUUCGAGUUGGAAAAGAUACCCAAUUAAUAAAAUAGAGUCAGAGUGAAUGGAAAUACUAUGCAUACAGAAAAUCAGUAUUUCUCUAAAUCUACUGCCUCUUCACAACAAUCUUUUAUAAGGUAAAACGUAGCAUUCUAAUCUCAAACUGAAAAUUCGGUUUAAGAUUACAAAUAACAAUAUCGUCGUAGUAGACAUUCUGAAUCUUAAAGAAAAGAGAUAAGAUCAUAAACAGUAAAAUAACGAAAUGAAACAUUCAUGCAGAAAUUAUUAGUUGCUUUAGGUUGUGUUAAAAGAGAGUCGUAUGCUGAUACAAGUUGUUUAGAUACUUAAAAAUAAUGA